AUGCCACGGAGUAGGUACAAAGCUGAUAAUAAAGAUCCCUUCCAGAGGAGACACUCUGUCUGGCUCAAGACUUCUGAUGCAUCAGAAAAAGCUGCUAGGGCUUACGAUACAGCAGCGAGGAGGUAUCACGGCCACAAAGCUGUAACAAAAUUUCCUCAAGAUAACCUCAGAGAUUUUCUCGAGAAGUCUAGUUGUAAGAAUGUCAAUGAUGAUAAUAAUGAUAAUUCCAAUCUUAUGCUCCAAAUUCAGACCAAUGUUUUCAGGUCAUCUUUCGAACGAGGCUGUGGUGGCACUAACAACGACUGCAGUACUGUGCCUCUCAAUCUUGAGAUCACCCUUGCACUGUCCAAGAGCAUGUGA